CACGGGCACUGGCGGGAGACGUGCACUGCCCGACCGUGGUAAUGGACCAGCACACACUUGAUGUGGAGGAUACCGCGGAUGCCGGACAUCCAGCAGGUACUUCGCGCCCCUCGGAUGCGGCGCUCCUCAGAGAUACCGGGCUUCCCGAGGGCGCUGCGCUUCUCUCAGAUACUGUGCGCCCCACGAACGCCGCGCUUCCCACGGAUGCUGCGCGCCCUGCGGUUAAUGUUCGGGAUCGCGAGGCCGCCUGGCCGCCUGCACUGAACUUCUGUUCCCGCCACCCAAGGCUCUAUGGCCUAGUCGCCUUGGUGUUGCUGCUUCUGGUCGCCUGUGUCCCUAUCUUCACUCGCACCCAGCCUCGGCCAGCGCUCAUAAUCACCACCUCGCCCAACCUGGGUACCCGAGAGGAUACUGAAGACCAGGUCACCCCUGUUUCCCACAUUGGCUGCCCCAACACUACACAACAGGGCUCUCCUGUGUUCGCCAAGCUACUGGCUAAAAACCAAGCAUCACUGAGCAAUACAACUCUAAACUGGCACAGCCAAGAUGGAGCCGGGAGCUCGUACCUAUCUCAGGGUCUGAGGUACGAAGAAGACAAAAAGGAGUUGGUGGUAGACAGUCCCGGGCUCUACUACGUAUUCUUGGAACUGAAGCUCAGUCCGACAUCUGCAAACACAGGCCACAAGGUGCAGGGCUGGGUCUCUCUUGUUUUGCAAGCAAAACCUCAGGUAGAGGACUUUGACAACUUGGCCCUGACAGUGGAACUGUUCCCUUGCUCCAUGGAGAACAAGUUAGUGGACCGUUCCUGGAAUCAACUGUUGCUCCUGAAGGCUGGCCACCGCCUCAGUGUGGGUCUGAGGGUGUAUCUGCAUGGAACCCAGGAUGCAUACAGAGACUGGGAGCUGUCUCACCCCAACACCACCAGCUUUGGACUCUUUCUUGUGAAACCUGACACCCCAUGGGAAUGAACUCUCAUCUACCCUUCUUGUGACCCCUAAUUGCUAAGUCCUCAAGCUGCUAUGUCUUAAGGGGUCUAAGCAGGGGUCCCCUCCUCCAGGACUUUCCUCUUGUCUUUAACUGAACUCAGUAUUUAUUGUGAGCAUAGCUCAGACAAGACUUUAUAUAAUUCACUGGAUAGCAUUAGCAAACUGCUGGGCAGCUGCUAGAAACAAAUGACUAUAUUUAUAUUAAUAUAUAAAAAAUAAAUGUGUUUGU